AGAUGGGUCUGCCGGGCUGCCAGCAGCCUGAGCUCUGCUUCUGUCCAUAGUCAGGCAUGGCAGCGGCAAGCGUCUGAGACAGGGGCAUUAGCCCAGGAGGGGGCGGGGGGCAAGAGCAUCAGGCCUAGAGAGGUCGAGGGAAAUUUAAGUCAAUAAAUAAAUAACUUUAAAAAGGCCGGGGGGGGGGGUCCCUGGAAGGAAAAUUCCCCCCGGGAAAUUGCUAUUCGAUGGAGUGUGCAGCUGAGCUGGGCUUGUGGGAAGAAGAUCGAGCAGCCUGGAUUGAUUUUAACUGUUUGCUUAGUAACUCGCAAGGUGAAGAAGAGAAACUUAUUUGAGCCCAUGGGCUCAAGUCGUUAGAUCUAUUUGGGGGGGAAAAAACAGCUUUAUUUUUGAAUGAGAAGGUAACGGCAUCAGAUACCAGGCAGGAGUUAAAGUCCGGGGGCAAUGGCUCUGAUCAGCUUGUUGGAAUUGGCUGACCUCUCCAUAGGGACGCCAGAGAUCGGGGUGGUCAAUUUUAAUGCCCUCCACACUUUGCUCCAUGCCAUCAUUAGACAACUCAACCUGCAGAAUGUCAAAACCGAGAUGCUUGAUGAGAAACCUAAGCCCCCGGAACCUGUGCCUUUGCAGGAGAAAGAGACGAAGGGCCAGUGUGAUGCGUCAGAAGACUUCCCCUAUGCUGACUUAGAGAAGAAGGUCAUUGGGGUGGCUGCUCAGGUGCAUGGCAUGGAGGCCAAGGUGGUUGGGGUGGCGACUCAGGUGCACGGAGUGGAGGCUCAGGUCCAUGGGAUAGGGGAACAAGUUCAAGGGCUUGAGAAGCAAAUGGCUGCCCUGGAAAAAUUGCCUUCUGGGACAGACCUGCUGGAGAGGACCAAGAGCGGCUCUCCGAAUGGAUCUGCGGUGGCUGACAUGUGGCAAAUGAUGCAGAUGAAGAAAAAGAUAGAAGCUAAUGAGACUGGCAUCUCCAAGGCCAUGGCUCUGUUCCAGGAUCUGCUGAAUGAGGUCAACGGCAUGAAGAUGGCUAAUUUCCAUAUGAACGAGGGCCUCCAAAACAUCAAGGAGAAACUUGACUCGAAUUUACAACUGGAUACCCAGGAGAUUGGCAAUCGACUGCAGACCUGCAUCGCUGAUCAGAAGAACUUGGAUAGUGAUGUGAGGAACCUAGAGCGAAGGAUAAACCUCUAUCCUUCCCCUGAAGAAAUGUAUAACAUGGUGCGCUGGGAAGUUCUGGAGGACUGUCUUGUGACAGGCAAAGACAAGAGCCCAUCCACUGAAGCCCAGUCUGGGGAUCCCAGCCUAGGCCAGCCCUCUCCAGCCGAGCAACCAGCUUCAGUUAUGGACACCCAAGCCAGAAAACCCUCUGUAACCUGGGCAGGGGCUCCAGGGAGCCAGCCUGGCUCUCCCAGCAGCAGACCUGGUACUCCAGGGAUGCAGGCAGGGACCAGGGCAGGCAUGCCAGUGGUCCAGCCAGCAGCCCGGGCAGGCACUCCUGGAACUAGGGCAGGCACACCAGAAGCCCAAGCAAUCACUCCAGCAGCCCAGGCAGGCUCCCCCAGGACCCAGGCAGGCUCCCCCAGGACCCAGCCAGGGGCCCAGGCAGGCAUCCCCGGGGCUCAGCCAGGGUCACCUGGGGCCCAGGCAGUCUCCCCCGGGGCUCAGCCAGGGACCCAGGCAGUCUCCCCCAGGACACAGCCAGGGGCCCAGCCAGGCUUCCCCGGGGCCCAGCCAGGCUUCCCCGGGGCCCAGCCAGGGGCCCAGCCAGGCUUCCCCGGGGCCCAGCCAGGCUCGCCAGGGGCCCAGCCAGGCUCGCCAGGGGCCCAGCCAGGUUCCCCCUGGGCCCAGCCUGGGGCCCAGCCAGGUUCCCCCGGGGCCCAGCCCAGGGCCCAGGCAGGCUUCCCUGGGGCCAAGGCAGGUGCUCCAGGAAUCCAGCCAAGCUUCCCUGGCACCUGGCCCAGUUCCCCAGGGACCCAAGUGGGACCUCCUGGAGCUCCAGGGACCCAGGCAGGCUACCUUGGGACCCCAGCAGGUGCUUCAGCAUUGCAGCCCACAUCACCUACAGCAGGUCCCUCAGCUCUAGCAGCCCAGCUUGCAAUUCCACCUGGACCUUACUCUGCCGUUACAUCCCCGGCAUCACCUUUACAAGAGAAGGACAAACGCCUAACCUCAUCCACCCCGCGAGAGUCCUCCGGGUCCAGCAGUGCCUCCAGCCGCUACUCAGAUACCGUGGAAGUGCUGCGCCAGAUCGGGCAGCUGACUGACCUCUACACCACCUUGAAGGAGCAGAUAAACUACCUGGAGCAAUUCAAGUGUAGCCACGCCGACCUCAACAAGCUGCGACAAUUCCUCUCGGAUGCAGUCCCUAAGAACCUCUCCAGCAUGCCUGCUGACCUCAUGGACCAGCUGUCUUCCCUGAAGGCCACGGCAGAAGACAUGAAAGAUGUAAAGGCCAAGGAUGAAGAGCUGCUGAGUCGCAUCCAAAACACCAUCCUCCAGGUGCAAGGAGACUGUGAGAAUCUCAAUGCCACCACAGGGAAUCUCAUAGAAGACCAUCGGCAGAAACAGAAAGAUAUCGCUCUUCUCUUCCAGUCACUGGAGAAGUUGGAAAAGGAGAAAGCAGACAAGGAGCAUCUGGAGACAGAAAUUGACGUGAAAGCAGACAAGAUUGCCCUGGCUGGCAAAGUCAGCUGCACCCAGUUCGAUGCCACCAUGGAGCAGCUGAAUAAGAUGAUGCAGGAUCUGGUGAACAAGAUGAGCGGGCAGGAGCAGGACUGGCACAAAGUGCUCGACAAAAUCUUGAUGGAGAUGGACUCCAAGCUGGACCGCCUGGAAUUAGAUCCCUUCAGACAGCAGCUGGAAGAGCGUUGGAAGGCCAUCCGGAAACAGCUGAAGGAGAGGUCUCCCCAGUAUGAAGCAAACGAUGCUGCUGGAAUUAGGAAAAGACUGAUGGCUCAUUUCCACUGCAUUUCCUGCGACAGACCUCUGAAAAUGGUGGUGCCCGGCCCGACCAUCAUGACCGUACCCUCCGUGCCGGGGUUACCAUCUCACCGCUCCAUCCGGCCCUACACCGUCUACGAACUGGAGCAAGUCAGGCAGCACACCCGCAGUCUGAAGUUAGGGCUUAGCCCCUACCCUCGCUUGGAUGCGCUCCAGCUGGAGAAGAGCGCGGGCCUUGGCAAGCUGCGCAGCAUCCACUCCAAGAUGCUCAUGGACAUAGAGAAGGUGCAGAUCCACUUCGGGGGCUCGGCGAAGGCCAGCAGCCAGAUGAUCAGGGAGAUAAUGCAGUCGCAGUGUCUCAGCCCAGACCAGUAUAACAAACGUGACAAGAUGGCGGAGAUGGCGGAAUAUGGUUACCUGUCCAUGCCUCGGCGCUGCGGCGGCAGCCACACCCUCACCUACCCCUACAGGCGCUACACACGGCUGCAGCAAAUCGCCCAGUGUGUGCCGGUGCAUCCCGAGGAGACUGCCAUGCUGACAGUGAUGAAGCAUGAGGAGGUGGAUAUCCUGGGCCUGGAUGGACACAUCUACAAAGGGCGGAUGGACACUCGGCUCCCAUCAAUUUCAGUCAAGGAAGGUCCUUUGAAGACCAAACCCAAGCUCUCCCGGUCUUCAUCACAACGGCAGUCGACCCUGAUGGACACAGCCGGCCUCCCAGCACGCCCACAGAGCGCCAAACUGUCUUCCCCCAGCAAUUCAGGUACAGCUAGGUCGCUAAAGGACAGGCCCGUGUCAUCGGAGGGUCGACUGUCCCGGGUGGACCUGACCCAUCUAUCAACCUCAAUAUCUCCCCCUGGGGAGGCAAGAGAGGAUUCUCCCAUGCAGGAGAAAGAAACGCUAGAGCUUCACCUGGACCUUUCCAUGCGCCGGCGAUCGGCUGAGCAGUUACAGUGACUGCAAUGGCAGGAAAGCAGCGCUCGCUGACGGAAGCCAGGCAAUAAAGAGUGAGCAGAACA